AUGUGGGAAGACAGUAGCGCAGCGCCCAAAUCCUUUUCCGGUGAGACUAGCAGACAGGCUCGGCGUCUAUCCUAUUCAGCCGCUAAAACGCUGAGAGAUGAAGAAGGCGACGGGGGAGUAACUGACCCUCAAGGAGUGUUCGUUGAUAUAACCAAUGCAAAUGUCAAAGGAGGUAGGACAGGAGACACGAAAGCCAGUGCGUUUUCAAUCACUGGCGCACACCUAACAGAAACGAAAAUGGCCAUGGAAGCAAAGACGUCUAGCACCAAAAGGAAUAUCAAUCCUGAUUGCUUAGGAAUUCAGCGAAUGGAAUUGCACGGGAAUGCCGACAAAGGUAGGAUCCAAAUGUGUGACAAUAACCAGAAGCGGUAUCGUCGCUUGGCCAUCCAUGAAGUCACGGUUUCAAGCCUGAAGCAGUUGUUCCUGCCUAGAGCAUAUUUCGCCUACCAGUCAACUAGGAAUCCUGUUUCUGGACAUGAGGGGAGCUCUCAAAAACCAGACCGAAUUGUGACUAAUCCUAACGCUGACCUCACCUACAACCAAGAUUCUUUUAGUUACCGCAACCAUCAUCUAACGUUGCACGGCAAGGCUCCCCUUUUUUCUCCCUCUAAUUCGGCAGCUCGCCAGCCUACAACGAUAAGACCGUCAUCUGCUCUCUCAAACAUUCACUUAGAUGAACGGCGAGAAAGGCGUUCAAAAUUCAUCUCGUUUCAGCAGCUCGAGAGUCGCUUCGAUCAGUUACCUAUGAAAGAGCGGGAUGAUCUUGUGAAUCAUGCUGCAUCUCGGGCAAUUUCCCACCUCGAGUGGCUGUAUGAAUGGCAGAAAAAGUACGCUCCCAGCCUUCUUCUAGUUCAGCAAGAACGAGAUCUCGCAGACUCUGCUUCUGCCUCUGAAGAUGAUUAUGAAGAGUACGUACGAGAUGUUUUCCAAGGGCGUCCGGAUGUCUCAGGAGAAGACGAUACCGUCGCUCCGGAAGACGCGAGUGAUGCAGAAGAAGAUGAGAGAAAACGGCUUUACCAUUACAACGGAAACGAAACAAAAAGUAAUUCCAUAAGAGUCAAACAACAUCGGGAAGAUAUGCCCGCAGAUGAGAAAGCUGAAAGUAUUGCAGAAGGGCAGGCUCUAUGGGAUGAGACGCUCAUCAAAUUGAAGAGAAAAAAUAUACCUAAUAUAACUUACACAGUUGACCAAGUAAACGAAGAUGUUGGAAUUUUUCUCGAGAGGUACAGAGAUGCUGUGUGGUCCCUUCCUCUUCAGCAGAUUGUAAAUGCCACACUCAAUGGAGGAAUCUUUCCGGAGCUCGUUGAGAGACAGGCUGCUGCUUAUCCAGAUCUCAAGAGAAAUGUUGAAUGUAAUCCCGAGUAA